AUAGCUUAAAAAGUGAGCUCUUUUGCAUAAACAAGUCAGUCGUCCACCACAGCUCGGGGAAAUCGGAAUCAAAAAGGAGCAGAGUGAAUUUGAACGGUCUUUGUGAGCGAUAUCAAUAUCAGCAAUGGCUCUCACUGAGCCAUCAGUUUACUACCACCCUCACACAUCUGAUCUUCAUAUCAACAGACCAUACUACAGCCAGGAAAAUCUGCACGAGGCAACGGACUACGCCAAACCGAAGAUCAAUAGAAUCAAGCAUUUCUUCAAAAGCAACUGUGGUGAUGUUCGGCCUUUGAAAAUAAUUCGCGGAAUCUUCCCCAUAUUCCAAUGGCUGCCAUCAUACGAUUGGAAACUGGACUUUCCAUGCGACGUGAUCGCAGGGGUCACCGUCGCCAUCAUGCACAUUCCUCAGGGUCUAGGGUACGCCCUUCUGGCCGGCGUGCCAGCCGUCACGGGCAUUUAUAUGGCCCUCUUUCCUAACAUUGCCUACUUCUUCUUCGGAACUUCAAGACACAAUUCCAUGGGUACAUUUGCUGUGAUUACACUUCUGGUUGGGCGUUCUGUAGCAGAAUUUUCUAAAAAUCCUGCUUUCACACAUACUGUGUCCAUGGAGGUAAACGGAACAUGGAUUGAGAAGAACGUGAUGUAUACAGAUAUAGAGGUCGGCACGUCUGUUACGCUGAUAGUCUCCUUUUUCCACUUCAUCAUGUACUUCUUUCGGAUGGGCAUCGUCUGCUCUCUUUUGUCGGACGCACUGGUCAACGGCUUCAUCUGCGGCGCCGGUGUGCACAUUUUCACCUCGCAGAUUAAGGCAGCAGUCGGUGUCAAGCCCAAGAGAUACUCCGGUCCUUUGAAUAUCAUAUAUACCUGGAUCGACAUGUUCAAACUGCUUAUCUACUCAACGGAAUAUACCAGACCAGCAAUUUUUACUGCAAUCAUCCUAACUGUUAUUUGCCUGGCUGUACUAAUAUUUAACUUUUACGUUUUGAAGCCAUGGCUGGAGAAAUAUACUAAAAUCCCAUUCCCCAUGGAACUGGUGUUGAUUGUGGCAGGUGUUUUUGCAGCAACAGGUCUUGAGCUCAAGAAAAAUUAUCACACUGUGGACAUUGGCUUCAUUCCGAAAGGAAUUCCUGGCCCGACGUUUCCCUAUUUGUACCUGUUCAAGGAACUCUUGCUGAAUAGUUUUGUGACCGCCGUUGUGGCCUACGCAGUUUCAAUGUCGAUGGCAUUUAUUUUGGCUGAAGGAGAAAACUAUGAGGUCGAUCCAAACCAGGAAUUCCUUGCCCAUGCCGUAGGCAACUUUUUUGGCUCGAUCUUCGCCUGCAUUGUUUACGGUGCCUCUCUGUCCAGGAGUAUGGUGCUCAGGGGUGUCGGUGGGAAAACGCAGUUCACUGCUCUCAUAGCUGCGGGCAUCAUAGUCAUAGUUUUAUUGUGGAUAGCAGACUUUUUUGAGCCUUUACCGCAGUCAGUGUUGGCAUCCAUCAUCAUGUUUGCCCUGCGAAAAAUCCUGAUGCAAGUGACCGACCUGCCACGUUUCUGGCGCCACUCUCGUCUCGACGGUUUAGUUUGGAUCAUCGUGUUCCUUUGUGUAGUGAUAAUCGAUAUCGACUACGGCCUGCUCAUUGGCAUCAUCCUCUCCAUCGGCGCCAUCUUCCUUCAGGGUCUGAAGGCCUACACCUGUCUGGUGGGCAAUAUUCCAGGGACAGACCUCUAUCUCGACGUCAACAGGUACAGAGCAGCCAAGCAACUUUCAGGAGUCAAGAUCAUUCGCUACCAGGGAGCCAUUAACUUUGCGACAAGGGGCCACUUGAGGGAAGAAGUUGCCAGGCUAAGCGGAAUAAAUGCCCAAAAAGAGAAAAGAAGAAAGAAUCGGGAAAUGAAGAAAACCGAGAAGAUGCUCAAAAAACAGCAUGGAGGAAUGGCAGAGGCAAGCACCUCAAGAGUGGAAGGAACAACUAAUAUUGCAUUUGUUGGUGAUCACACCGAAAUAAAUGUUCCGCAGAAGACCUACUGCAUUAUUUUGGACUUCUAUUCAAUGAGCAGUAUCGAUCCAGCUGGCAGUGGUGCCCUGAAGAAAGUUUACACCGAGUACAAAGAAGUAGACAUUCCAGUAUAUAUUACUGGUUGUCUAGGUCCUGUUUUUGAGCAAAUCAAAAAGUGCGGCUACACAGAAGGCGAAGACGCGCUGCCUCUUUUCCCUACCAUCGCGGAUGCUGUUCACUUUGCACAAAACACCAUACCACAGCUCAAGCUGCCUGCCCGAGAAGUUGCACCCGUUGAAUUUGGUGCCGCAGCUGGAUAGGAUUCUUUCACAUAUUAAUUGUUGUUGAAAUUGUCAGGUUUAUACCAUUAUAAAUUUUAUUUCAAAUAAUAUAUGUAAAUUUUGUACAACUUGUGUUUAGUUUUGGGAAAUGGUUUUCUUUUCACCUAAGUCAUUGCGGGUUGGGCCUUUCAAUCGUGUGCUAUUCCUUAUAAGGGACUUUUUUAAAUUCUCUUCAUUUAAAAUUUUGUAUCUGAAAUAAAGGCAAAUUGUACAAAAGAAAAAA